AUCGGAUCAUCUUCUGUGUCUUCUUAGAAAUCGACUUCAAAAUCUACAAAAAGAAAAUGAGUGAAGUUUUCCCUGUAGAUGAUAAUAAUGAAGAAGAAGACGUUGAAAUGAAAGAAGAUCCAGAUGAGACGGGCCCAGAGGAAAAGCAAAGUGCAGAAGAAAUGGAAGGGCAGAGCCAAGAAGCAGAUGGAGCCAACACUGCCACCGUGCCCAGCCCCGCUUCAGAAGAGGCAGUGGAAGCCUGUAAAGAUGAAGAUUCUGCAAAGGAUGACAAUGUCACAAAAGAUGAUGAAGUUACAGAUCAUUCUGCGUGUGACCAAGAUCACCCCAGUGGACAAGAGAAUGAUUCAAUGAAGAAUGAAAUGAAAAUUGAAACCGAGUCCCAGAGCUCAUAUAUGGAAACAGAAGAACUUUCAUCAGACCAUGAAGAUGCUGCAAUUGUGGAUCAGCCAGAAGUGAUUCCACUAACAGAUGACCAAGAAGAAGAAGAAGAUGAGAAAGCUCAAGGCGAGGACACACCCACAGUGCCUGGAAAAAGGGAAGGCUCCAGUGACACAGAGAACAUGACAGGUCCGGACGUGGAAAUGAACGGUCAGGUUGACAGUAUAAAUGACCCAACGGAGAGUCAACAAGAAGAUCAACUAACAGCAGGGACACAGGAGGAAGAAAAGGAACAAAGGAAUGAAACUAAAUGACAACACUCAGCGUUUCAGGGCCGCUGCUGGCCCUGGGGCCUGCGGGAAGAUAGCAGCGGGGGGCAUAGAGGCGGGUGGGGGUGGGGGGAGGCGAGUCCCUUGAAGGACAGGGAACCCUUUGCUCUAAUUUCUCUAGCUGCAUUUUGUUCUGUUUACCUGCA